AUGGAGUGUGUGCAACGGCAGUUGGGUAUGAUAGGGUGCUUCAGUGUUGGGAGAGAAGGAAGGGCGGGGGGGCAUAUUGACGCUAUUUUAAAGGGUGUGGAUAUGGAGACUUUCCGUUUUACUGGGUUUUAUGGGACUGUUCAAGGGCCAUGGCUUGUAGAUGGGGAUUUCAAUGAAAUACUUGAGGCUCAUGAGUACUUUGACCGCCAUUUCCGACCCAUGUCACAAAUGAGGGCCUUUCGAGAAGCUUUGGAGGAGUGUGGUUUGACAACUAUUCGGUUUAAGGGGUAUAAGUUUACAUGGUCUAACCGAUGGCAAGGGGAUGGGAAUGUAAAGCUCCGGCUAGAUAGAAUGGUGGCUAAUGGUGACUUUGUUAGGACCUUUCCUGAGGUCACAACGCAUCAUCUGAAUUCUAUGGUGUCCAACCAUCUUCCUUUGUUGUCAUAUUUGAGACCAAGUACUUGGGCGCGGAAGCAUAAGCGGUUCAUAUUCGAGGAAAUGUGGACUACUGUUGAGGGUUGCCAAGACGUCAUUACGCAUGCUUGGGAGUCUGAGAUUGGAACUGUUGUAGAGAAAUUGAAGGCAUGUCAAGGGUCUCUGCGGACGUGGAAUAAUGACCAUGUAAGCCGAAUACCCACAAAGCUCCGAAGUCUGCAGCAGAAGUUAGAUGACACCUAA